GCCGCGUGACGUCAUGGUUCUGCCCAGACAUUACUGUCAGCCUGUAUCUCCAGUUACAUUAUGCAUUGUGUAGCCUGACAAGCUUUACUUUUUUGAUUGAUUACCAUAUUGGCAAAGAAUUUAAUAUAUUUUAAAAUGACUUAGUUCAUAAAGGCUGUAAAACAGAUUAUAGUUUAUUUAACAGACAAUUUAUAUUACUUAUAUAUUACUAUAUAGUAUACUUAUAUAUUUUAUAUACUUAUAUAUUACUAUAUAGUAAGUAUAUGCUAUAAGAUAAUUGUAAGUCGCUCUGGAUAAGGGUGUAUGCCAAAUGCCAAGUAUAUUACUAAAAAAUAAUUUGGCUCUUGAGAUAACUAGUCACAGGGGCACUGUCAAGCUAAAUAUUAGGCCUAUAUUGUUUAAACCAGUAGCUAAGGUUGCUAAAAAGUUAGCUCACUUGUAUAAUAUAUAUAAUAUAUAGGGCUAUAUAACUAGGCCUAGUCAGUUCACUGCAAAUUAGACUAAUGCUGAUAAUAUCUCAUCCAUUCUCAGAGAGUUUGCAUUGAAGGUUCAAAUUAUUGGAUAGAUUUAUUUAUAAUAUAUUUUAUAAUUCACAAAUAUGAAGGUUUACAUUCUGUAAAUAUAAAUUUACAAUUUCAAAAGUCUGAAUAAAUAGCCCUAUUAGUCUAUCCUAUAUCAUUUCAUAAAUGUGAUGUAUUUUCAAAGAGGAGGAUAAAUGUAUAAAUCCUACAAACAUCUGAUCACUUGUUCUUGAGCUAUCGCGAUAACUAUUAUAAAUCCCGAGUUGAGGGGCGUUUUGUUUGGGUUUUACGAAUUUAGGUCGGGAAUUGCGAAUUUAUUCAUACUGUGUACGAGUUAUUUUGAAAUGAAACAAAAUGUGGUGUAAUGUGAAAUGACACAUAUAAGAGUUACAAAUCAGGUAGAGACGUAAAGUUAAAAAAAAAAAAAAAAAAAAAAAGUGUGCGCAUGCGCAGCGCAAAUCGGACAGAGGGCGCGGAUCGGGUAACCACACGGAGCUCGAAAAUGACGUAUUUCCGAGCUCCUACUUCCGAGUGCUGGCAGACAGUGGAAUGACUCUGUUCGUGGACACACAGAGGAGCAUACCUCUCACUGAGCAGCUGCAGCAGGCAGCGCGCGAAACCACUGCGUGCUACAUCGACGACACCAUGACCGAGAGAGUGACUGUGUAUGUAGCUGAAAACAAUCUGGAGGCAGAAACAUCUCCCUCAGCUGAACCCUUGCCACCAAAUGAAUCUUUUAAUAAAGAGCAAACACGCUUUCUGAUUGAUUUGAUCCGCAACCAGUUGGAGGCAGAUGGCAGAGGUCUCCCGAGAACUUUUAAGGAGCUGAAUUACCGACUGAAGUCUGCUAAAGGCCAAAAGAAAAACCUAUGGAUGGAUAUGGCUAAUAAACUCUCCAAACACUUUAUGGAGACCUUCGACCCAAGUAAGGUGGCUAGAAAAUGGUACACCCUUGAGGAUGGAUACAAGAAAGUCCUAGAACAUAAUAGUACAAGUAGUCAAAUAAAAACACGGUUCCAGUUUUUCACUGAGAUGGAAGAGCUGUUGGAUGGCCAUCAUGACAUCGACUUCCCUGCUGUUGGCACGGUGCAAGGUGUAGUGGGACGCAGACGAAAGGCGUUGAGUAUUGACUGUCAAAGAGACUCGUCUGCAGCAAGGCAAACAUCUACAAGACCAGCUUCACCAACACAACCUCUGCGCAAGCGGAGAAGGACAGAAGAGGACUAUUCAACUCUUCUGGACUUUUUAAGGGAAUCUGAGGCAGCUAGUCAGCGGCGCCACGAGGAAAUUCUGGCCCAGAUGAAAUCUGCCCAGAAGGGGUUUGAGGAGCUAAUGCGCAAAUUCUUGGAGAAAAUGUGACCACCUCCGUGUGCACACACACAACACAUACUCUGAGAUUCUGGUAAUACUUUUUUCCACGUGUACUACUACUUGUGUUUUCUUGUUCUUAAUCUUUUUUGGUCCUAGCAUAGCCGUAAACCAUGUAAUGUAUGACUAAUUUAGUUAUAAUGUGUGCACAUCAAUACCUUUACAUCAUGUUCUACUUAUUUUAUGUUAAUUUUUUUCCACUUUACCAAAAAGGCUGUAGAGUCAGGUUUGUUUUUAUAACUGUAACCUGUUCUAUUGUCGGGUUAAAUUCCUGACCCCAUUCUGAAAACAAGAAGUAAAAGUGUUAAUAUGUUUACAAAAUAUCAGGUGUGUUGUGUUCACUUUGAGAAUGAUUCCUUAAUUUGAAAUUAUGUUUUGUUGUGUUCUAUAGCCUUUAUGCAGAGUGACCCCAUGUUAUUGUUAUAUAAUUCACCUAUAAUAGUUUCUGCACCAGUUGAGAACAGGGGUAUUCCACAAAGCAAGCUAAUAAAAGUGUAAGAACAUAUAAUGAGAAGAAACAAAUAAAUAAUACGAAAGACUUUAAAUUGA